AAUCCAGGGAAUUUCAUCUUUAUUAUUGAGGUCCAUGGACCUAAUCGUACCCUCAUUUUUGGCCUAGCAACCUUGCAAGUUAAGAAACAAAAAGCACGGUGUAAUUAGCGAGCACAGUAACUACAAGAAAGACAAGACACAAGCUGAAACAACCUUUUUAGAUUUCUCCCCACCAUGUCUGCCUAGAGAAAAAUCACAAACGCGGACACCCUUUCUUCUGGUUUUCCCUUCCAUAUUUCCUGUUCGCUAAUCCUUGAAUCUUGAGCUGUAUACUUUCAUCAAGUCUUUCAAUAACAAACAGCAAUACGAAGUUGUCUCUGGCUAUUUAACGGGUGAGGACGGCACUUUGGAUUGCUGAUGGAGUUUUUUACCAAGACAAAGGCAAUUAAGCUCCGGAGCCACCUUUACAAGUACUUGAUCGCGGACUUCGACCAAGAAACUGUUCGUCAAACACGACACGGCAUAUCACGGAAAGCUGUCAUAUGGUUUGUGGAGCUGGUCGGUGGAAAAAGCCAUGUUAUUCGUCUCAGAAGCUGCUAUGGCAAAUACCUCACAGCCUCCGACUUGCCCUUUUUGUUAGGCAUGACUGGGAAGAAAAUACUGCAAACAGUGCCUGAAGAUAUUACAGACAACAGUAAGAUGGAGUGGGAGCCUAUAAGAGACGGGUCUCAGGUUAAAUUUAAGAGCUGGUGUGGCAAUUUCUUGCGAGCUAACGGGGGGGCGCCGCCGUGGAGAAACGCAGUUACUCACGAUGAGCCUCCCACUAGCUCAGCACAAAAAUGGAUCUUUUGGGAUAUUGAGGCAGUGCAAGUGCCUGAAAACGACUCCUUGGUGGAUUACUUGUCAUCUAUGUCGAGCUUUUCUACAGUACCCGAUGAUGUUCUUGUAGCUAUUUCCGGUGAUUAUAAUAGCCCGGGACGAGCCUCUCAGCUAUCAAUUGUACCGGCUGCGCGGCCGCCGAGAUUGACCUUAGCAAAGUCAAUGUUUCCAAGACUGUUUUCGUCCCCAAAUAAUAAGACCAAAUCCAACCACUUCCGGUCAGGGAUGGAUUUCUUCCUCAAUGCCAAAACUGUCCGUCUCCGCUGCCACCAGGACAAGUACCUCCUCGCGGAGGAAGAUGAGGAGUCCGUAACCCAAGACCGAAAUGGAUCCUCCAAGACAGCCAGAUGGACUGUCGAACCCGUACCUGGAUCCGACUCCCUUAUCCGCCUCAAGUCCUGCAAUGGUAAAUACCUCACUGCAUCUAACCAGCCUUUUCUUUUGGGCAUGACUGGUCGAAAGGUCCUUCAGACUGUACCCAGACGAUUUGACUCGUCCGUCGAGUGGGAACCCGUGAGAGAAGGGGGCCAGGUGAAGCUCAAGACCCGGUAUGGGAACUUCUUGAGAGCCAAUGGGGGGUUGCCACCUUGGAGAAACUCGGUUACUCAUGACAUUCCUCAUAGGAGUGCUACACAAGAUUGGAUCCUUUGGGAUGUUGAUGUUGUGGAGACUCGAGCGCUUCAGUCUCCUACUGGCCAUGCUCAUUAUCUACAGAAAAUUGUUUCUCAGUCUGAUUCUCUGGAUUCCGAAUUCACCUCUCCACCCUCUAUCUCUAUCAAAUCCGGAGAUUAUUUGAGACAGGGGUCGAGUGAUUCUAAUGCUAGUUCGCCUCGGAAAUCUGACGGGAGGACAAUAUACUACCACGUGGCUGAUGAGAGCGGUGAGGUUGAUGAUGAUGCAACAGAGCGUUGCUCGUUGAAUUUUAAGGGAAAUGGGGUGGAUGGGUUGACACAAAAAUUGAAGGAAGAUACGGGACUUGAGGAUAUUGUUGUGUGUACUCGCAGUCCUUUGAAUGGAGAGCUUUAUCCCCUUCGAUUGCAGCUUCCUCCAAACAAUGCAGAUAUGCAUGUUAUUCUAGUUCAGCCAUCGUCCAAAGUGGCCAGUGAUUUUGCCGAACAAGGAACUCCUCUCUGAUAUACAUUGGACGGGUUAUCACUCCGCGUGACUUCUUACGUGCAGUGUAGUGUACAUUCUAUUUGGACCUCUGAAAUAUGCUAGUUUUUAAAGCACUCGGUGAUUCAAAGGCAACAGGACGACUAUUUCAACAGAGAAAGGAAGCCACGAGCAAAAGUGCUCUUGUUAUUGCUGGGGACAGAUGGUCGAUGUGGUGCUUGAUUAAACCAUGCCUCGAUAAAUAAUGCUCCAAAAUUUUAGUCUGAUUGGAACAUCACUAUAGCACAAUUACUUUAUAGCUUAAUUGAGUGUUUCUAUCUUGUCUUAUAGAGCUUGUGACUGUCAAAGAAUCAUUUCCUUCUAAAAGAAUGUUUCGAUGAAUAAUUGUUGCAGCCUAUGAAGCGUUAAUCUUGGGUUUCUUUUUGUGAAAGAAGUACGGUGUGAUAAGUGGUACAAGAUUAUCUAUUUUAGCUGAGAACUGAGAUGGAGAGCUUAGAUUAUUGCUAGAGGGGUGUCCUGCUUUGUACAGAACUUUCAGUCUAUAUAUAUCACGCAGGUCAUUUUUUACUCAGAAUCUUAUUUUUCAAGCA